AAAGUGACUUUAGCUUGUGUGAUUUGUCGCAAAAAGAAAGUCAAAUGUGAUGGUAUUCAACCUACUUGUUCUCGAUGUCAAUCAAUUGGUAUCUGUUGCCAAUAUUCAGAUCCUCCUAAAAAGAGAGGACCACCUAAGGGAUAUGUUGAAAUCAUUGAAAAUCGUGCACACCGGAUUGAGUCU